CACUGUGCAGUUUGCAUGAAAAUCACAAUUGAAAUAAAAGUUUUGAUUUUUAAUUAAGAUUAAAAUUUGUACACUCUGCUGAAGUUCUGUGAAUCAAACUAGUGAAACAAUUAGAUUGAGCGCCCUAGGUACAAUUGGUUUUCUGUAUUGUCGCCACGGCCCCGCUUCGUGAGAAUAUCUAGAUUUUAAUCAUAAUUACUUGGUCGAAUUCUGUGAUAAACACCUAACGUACUGCGUUGUGUUUCUUUAUUUCAUUUCAAGUUGCGUUACAAUUGAGUUUUGUCUUGCAUGUCAAUAGUUUAUUAUAAGUUUUCAGUAGCAGCCCUGGAAAGCGGAUUACGGUUCUACGUUGUAGUUUUGAAACGGUAAAAUAUGUUGAAUAUUAAACCUGAAAAUGACGAUGCAGAAGAAUACUCCGUUGAACCAAAACCGUUUGAUGUGCUGUUCAAAAACAAUGAAAUAUCUAUAGUAGAGGAUUAUUUGGUUAAGAAUGAAUUCGAUGAUACUUAUGAAGUUUUAAAGCGGUUUAAUAUAUUGAAAAUUAAACCUGAAAAUGAUGAAACAGAAGAAGAGUUGUUGGAAAAAUCGUUUGAAGUCAUUAAAACUAAACCGUUUGAUAUGCAGUUCAUAAACAAUGAAAUUUCUACAACAAAUAAGUGUUUGGUAAAGAAUGAAGUCGACAAUAAUUAUGAUAUUCAUUUUUCGUGUAAUGCGACCGAUACCUCAAAAAAUACAAAAACCAAAGAUUGCAGUUUUAUUGAAACUAUAAAAAACAAUUCUAAGAAAAAUAUGUACAAAAUACCAUUUAAAUGCCGUGCCUGUGAAAAAACAUUUCGUCAACAAUCUCAUCUCAAGAGACAUGCACGGAUACAUACCGGUGAGAAACCAUAUAAAUGCGUUGUCUGUGAAAAAACAUUCAAUCAACAAAUUCAUCUCAAGUACCAUGCACGUAUUCAUACCGGCGAGAAACCGUUUAAAUGCGAUGUCUGUGAAAAAACGUUUGGUAGAGAACAUCACCUAAAAGCUCAUGAACGCAUACAUACCAGCGUAAAACCGUUUAAAUGCGAUGUCUGUGAAAAAACAUUUCGUCAACAAUCUCAUCUCAAGAGACAUGCACGGAUACAUAUUGGUGGGGUACGAUAUACCCCACGAUAACACCUCAAAAAAAUAAAGUCAAUCAUUGUAUCUGCAAAAUCAAAAGAAAUAAUCCAAACAAAGAUGGCCUAUUUUCAUUAAAAUCAAGCCUGAGAAGACAUUGACGCGUUCAUACCGGCGAGAGGCCAUUUAAAUGCCGUUUCUGUGAUAAAGCAUUCAGUCAAUAUUAUAUUAUAAUAGUCAUAAUUUAUGAACGCAUACAUACCAGUUAGAAACCAUAUAAAUGCGAUGUCUGUAAAAAAUGUUUUAAUAUACAAUCUAACUUCAAAACUCACGAAAGAAGACAUACCGGUGAGAAACCUUAUAAAUGUGUUGUUUGUGAAAAAACAUUUCGUCAACAAUCUCAUCUCAAGAGACAUGCACGGAUACAUAUUGGUGGGGUACAACACAAAUGCUCAGUCUGUGAUAAAUCAUAUGGUCGCCAAGAUACUCUCAAAAGUCAUCAAGCAAAAGCACACGUGGCUAUUUGGCAGUUAUAAAAUAGGUUUUGAAUCUAUUUGUUAUUAUUUGCAAUUUUUUUUACUUGGAAUUUAAUUCAGAUUUAAUAUAUUUUUAUUAGUUUCCUUAAAAUGUUUUAAAUAUUACUAUCGUUUAACUGAUCAAUCAUAUAUACACUUGCACAAAGACAUUUAGUGAAACCAAUGUGUUUUUUAUACGCACUCAACAUGUUAUUAAAUUUGGCAAUUUAGUUUCACUGUUAAAAAUUGAGUAGUUGAAGAUUGUACAAACAUUACCAAUAGAUACCAAUGUAUUAAGUAUUUAUGUAAGUUGAUAGAAAUAUAUGUAUCCAUAUAAAUUUACUUUUUAUUUUCUUGACUAAAAUGAACAAACAUAUGCUUAAAUCGAAAACUGUGUAAACAAAUAUUUUCUAU